CGGUGCGGCCCCCGUGCCAGCUGCUAACUCCUUACCGGGGCCCCGGCAGCCCGCUGCUAUCAUUUACUGAACACAGAGCCGGCUGCAGGGAGCCCGGUGAGUACCGGGGGAAGAGGAAGGAGCAUUCAUCCUGGAAUUUUAUCAGAAGUUCUGGUAGACUAGAAUUCACAAGAUAACCUGAAAACUUCAGCAUGAAAAGUGAAGGUCAUGACCUUAUUAAAACCGUUGACAUGGGUGCAUUGCCUCCCGGGACAAUAUUCCUGGAGGAGAAGGAGAAAAAAAACAUUAGUCUGAAGACUCGUUUAGAAGAGAAGAUAAAGGAAACCUGCAGCUGUUCCCCAGCGAAAGCCAAAGAUAUAUUUCUCAGCUUUUUCCCUGUCCUGCAAUGGCUGCCUAAAUACAAGUUAAAGGAAUACUUACUGGGGGAUGCAAUGUCUGGACUUAUAGUGGGAAUUCUUUUGGUCCCUCAGUCUAUUGCAUAUUCACUUUUAGCAGGACAGGAGCCAGUAUAUGGCCUUUACACAUCUUUUUUUGCCUGCAUUAUUUAUUUCCUCAUGGGAACCUCCCGACAUAUUCACGUUGGCAUAUUUGGGGUGCUGUGCUUGAUGGUGGGGGAAGUAGUAGACCGGGAGCUGCAAGCUGCUGGGUACGACAAGGUGGAAAGCCACACAGGCCACCAUUUACUUUCAGAUGUUUUAGAUGUAAACAGCACGCGUAACCCGCUAAUGACCAAUCAGACUGCAACCUUAACAUGCGACCGGAGCUGUUAUGCUAUCACUGUUGGGGCCACUGUUACCUUCAUGGCUGGAGUGUAUCAGGUUGCUAUGGGGUUCCUUCAGGUUGGUUUUGUUUCUGUGUACCUCUCUGACUCGUUGCUAAGUGGAUUUGCCACAGGUGCCUCUUUCACUAUCCUCACAUCUCAAGUGAAAUACCUCCUAGGAAUAAGCAUACCACGUGCCAAUGGAAUAGGUUCCUCAAUUUAUACCUGGAUUUACAUAUUUCAGAACAUUCACUUGACUAACAUUUGUGAUCUCAUCACCAGCAUUUUGUGCCUUCUUGUUCUAAUUCCAGCCAAAGAAAUUAAUGAAUGUUACAAGUCCAAGCUUAAAGCUCCAAUUCCAGUUGAACUAUUUGUAGUUGUCGGUGCAACUCUUGCAUCCCAUUUUGGUCAGCUUAAGGAAAAAUAUGGUUCCAGCAUAGCAGGCACAAUCCCUACAGGUUUUCUAAUGCCAAAAUCUCCAGAAUGGAGUCUCAUUCCAAAUGUUGCUUUGGGGGCAUUGUCUAUCGCCAUUAUUGGAUUUGCAAUCACAGUCUCCCUCUCUGAAAUGUUUGCUAAAAAGCAUGGCUAUGAGGUGAAGGCCAAUCAGGAAAUGUAUGCAAUUGGAUUUUGCAACAUCAUCCCAGCCUUCUUUCACUGCUUCACUACAAGCGCGGCUCUUGCCAAAACGCUAGUGAAAGAGUCUACAGGGUGUAGAACCCAAGUUUCAGGGAUCAUGACCUCCCUGGUCAUUCUGUUGGUGUUACUAGUAAUUGCCCCUCUAUUUUUCUCCCUUCAAAAAUGUGUCCUUGGUGUCAUAACCAUUGUCAAUUUAAGAGGUGCCCUUAGGAAAUUCUUUGAUUUGCCCACAAUGUGGAAAGUAAAUAAAGUAGACACGGCCAUCUGGUUGGUUACAAUGUUUUCCUCUGCAUUUAUAAGUACAGAACUCGGCCUGCUGAUUGGCAUUGCAUUUUCCAUAAUUUGUGUAAUUAUAAGAUCUCAAAAAUCCCGCUCAGCCUUGCUUGGCAGAGUGGAAAAUUCAGAAGUAUUCGAAUCCAUGGCUGUCUACAAGGACCUUAACCCUACUCCUGGCAUCAAGAUUUUUCGCUUCGAAGCUCCGCUUUAUUAUGUGAACAAGCAAUGCUUUAAAUCGGCUUUGUAUAAAAAAACAGGUGUUGACCCUGUUUUAGUAGCAACUGAACAAAAGAAAAAGGCUAAGAAAAAAGAGAAACUACAGAAACAAGAGGGAAUUAUAGAAACCAAGAAUUUUCAAAUAGAUACAGUACAGCAGCUCUACAAUGAGCCCGUGCCUUUCCAUACGCUAAUUGUUGACUGCAGUGCUAUGCAGUUUAUAGACACGGCAGGACUGAACACUUUGAAAGAGGUCUUAAAAGAUUAUAAGAACAUUGGCAUUCGUGUGCUGCUGGCUCAGUGCAAUAUUACUGUGAGGAAUUCCCUUCGAAAUGGAGAUUACUUCAACAAAGAAGAAAGUAGAAUGGCCUUCUAUAGCGUACAACAAGCUGUACAGUUUGCACAGUGCCAGCAGGAACAAGAAGAUGACUGCAUCAAUGGCUCUGCAGUCUAGUGUAGUGGUUAUCAAUUUGUGCAUAUGGAUUGAUCUCCAUUUAAUAUUCACCUCUUAAUUUCAGGGACAAGCCUACAACAUUUACCUCUGAAAUCCAUUAUACAAGACAUUCCAAGACACAGGGCAGACAUUUAAUAUGAUGCUCUUAGGCUUUGUGUUACAAUAUACCAAAUGAGCAGAAUCUUGGGGAAGCAAAUCAAAAAGAUUUAAUUACACAUGGUAAUACUUUAAUUGUUGUGGAAGGGAAAUGUUUCCCUACUACCAUGUAACUAAAGAUAAUGUUAAUGCAUAGAAACAACAAUAUAUCAAGUGCACUUAUUUCGUAGUCCAGUUACAGUAAAGCUGUACAUGUAUUUGUUAAUAGACUUGCUUUACUAAACAGAUGAAUUAUUCAGAAAAUAUCUUUAAAUAGAGGAUUAUUUAAUAUUCAGCUAGAUACGGCCAUCUUUAUUGUUUCCUUAACUCCAUUGAUGAUGGGCAAUCAUUUCUUGGAAUCACAGAACACUAUCUAGAAUAGACUAUUAUGAACAUAAGCUGUUUGUUACAUCAGUGCCUUAACUACAUCCAAAACCAGCCUUGACAGUUUUUGGACAAUUUACUCCUCAGCCAUAGAACCUCAUACAGAAUGGUGUUGUAGAUUUAUGUAUGU